GAGACCCGCCCACUUCUGUGUGCAAGAGAUCAAGAAAGGUCAGACAACACAUUUAGUAUCAACCAAGAAAGCAUCAUGAGCGUCUCUAUUUUCGUCUCCUACGAGCCUGAUGGCAGCCCUUCCCUUCCAGACAAAGACAGAAGACCGAUUAAUCUCAUGGUGUCACGGUUACAGCGAGGAGAGGAUGUGUUACUGAGGGUGUAUGAACAGACCAAGGGAGAGCUGAGACAACCACACACCGAAUAUGGACUAUUCUGGCCAGAGCAGAAGACGUGGAUUCUUUCUAACUGUCUACUAGGCCACGUCCAAAUCUUCUCGGGGGCUAAGCUCAUCCUGAGGCCAAAGAAAAGGCAGCUGAGAAUAAGGUUUCUGGACGGAUCCUCCAAGACUAUUGCAGUGGACGAAACUAAAGUGGUGAAGGAGUUGGUCGUGGACCUGUGCUCACAGCUGGGACUGUCACAGCCAGAGGAGUUGUCUCUGGUGGUGUCUGGUGACUACGCUGUGCAGAAACACCACCCAGCUAAGAUGUCAGUGAAGAGAGUUGGAUCUGCAUCUCCGGUGAGUGCGCACAAGAUGCUCCUCACUUCCAAGAGAGACUCUAAGAGUGCUGGCUCUAUCAAAGACUUCAUCUCCAAGGACACGCCCCCACCACUCUCCCCUAGCUCUCGGAGGAAGCAAAGACCCGGCAGUGCCAAGAAACCUCAAUAUUCCACCUGGACAGUGAAAAGAACCAAAAAACAAAUCUCCAAGAAGCACCAGAUACGCCUGGACACCCCGUGGUUGGACCCUAACAAGACGCUGGCAGAGCAAGAGGUGACCGUGACUGACGAGCUCAUACUCAUGUACAGGUUCUAUUACAACCUGGAUCUGAAACGUGGCUCACUCAAUGUGGACAUGCUCUUCAAACAAGCAAGGGCCACGUAUCUUGCUGGGGAGCUACUCUGUUCUCCCAAUGACAUGGUUCGUCUCUCCGCCAUCCUCUGUCAGAUCACCAAGGGCAACUACUCAUCAAACAAAUACUCUCCUGACUCCCUCACUUCUCUUAAGAACAUUAUAGCUCCCCCGAAGUGCAAGAUAAAGACUAUUGCCAAGAAGAUCACAGCCGAGCACACGUCCUUGGAGGGGCUCUCGAGUCAGGAUGCUAAGUGUUGGUUUGUGAAACUCUGGUCCUCACUGGAACUAUUUGGAAUGGAGUUUCUCUCUUGCACAAAUACUGACACCAAGGACAAGGGACUCAUUGGUAUCUCAAAGGACAAGAUACUGUUUCUGUAUCACAAGAAAAGGAAGAACAUCUCGUGGGAUGCUGACAACCUCUCUCAUUGGAGACAUGACUCUACCAAGGACAGUGUUUCUCUGACCCUCACUAACGAUGGUAGCAGUGAGGUGCUCAACCUUUCUCUACCGGAGUACUCCGGGGUGCUGGUCGACUGUCUCGAAGGCCAUCGAGACCUUAGUGACUCGUACCCGGAUCUCGGCAUAAUUAGCAUGGGCUACCAGUUUGACAAAGAGUUGGAGGCAGCCAUUAGCGACUUUGCCACUCAGACGAAGAUGGACGCCAAGAUAAGACGAGCCAUCAACAGCCUUACAUACGAGGACGUGUACUGGGCAAGCAAGAUUGAAAACCCUCUGCUGUCAGAAGAGGAGUUGUCUCAGCUGCAGUCCUCGUCCUGGGAGAACCCAGCCUUUGGGAACAUGGAUCAACUCAUGGAGGAAAGAUUCCAAUUUCUGGAUUUCGACGAAGGCACUGAAGAGACUGAAGAUAACAAGCUGCACACCCUUCAACUGCCCACCCCCUCCACUCCAGACUCCUCCCCUAGCCACACCCCCAGCCCCACGUUACGAACACAUCACACCGCCCACAGCACACACUCUAACCCUAGCCCUCUCAUCAAGAGCAGACACACACCCGAUCUUUCCCCUAAGGCUAAUGGAAGACUAAAACGAGCUUCACUACAAGAAGGACUAUGUAAUGGAGUCCAAGACACCUCGAAAUUAAAUAUGUUUCGAAAAUUGAGCGGCCACAGCAGAAGUGGGAGCAACGGUGCAAGCGGAAGUGAUGGGAGCUCUGCGAGUAUCCAUAGCGAUGGGGACAAUGGAGUGGCUUCGGCUAUACUGAGCGGGAAGAAUAGGAGAGACCAUGUUGGCUUAACUGACUUUAAAGCAAAGAGACCAGCUAGUUUUGCUCUGUGAAUGUAUAUAUAUAAAUUAUAUAUACUUUUUGUUACAUAUUGUAAGUGCACUCAAAUGUACAAAA